GUUCGGCUAAGACUCCUCCAUACUUCAUUCUUUCAUCUCCCUCUUUUAUUUCCUAAAAGCUGGUGAGUUUUACAGUAGACAACAGGCACAAUGACAUCGCGGGCCGAGGUCUUUCAAUGCAUUGGUAGACUGAUCAAAACUGACGAUGAUUUGCUAGAUUCCGAUCUCAACGGAAUAAUCGAGGCUAUUGAUCAUGUUUUAUUCGAAGCAAACAAGGAUACAGAGAAUGAGUCAAAGAAGCACAAUGGCGAGGAAUGGAAAACGGGCCUUCAAGACUUAGAAAAAUGGGGACACAAGAUCGGAUCAGUUGUCAAGCAGAUUUCGAACUUUUGUGUAGAUAAUGUGGAUAUAGCCGUCGACGUGCUGGAAACUAUUGGAGAGUGUCAUUGGGCGGCAGUUGGUUUCGUACUGGUAGCCUCAGUUUUAGAAAAGUGGCAUACAGUUAAACAUAACGAGAAAGAGUGUCUGGGGGUUCUCAAGUCCAUGAACGAUUUAGCCAAAGUUCUGUUGGAGCUUCGGCCUCUUCGACCUCACGAAACGCCAAACACGCAGGCCAAAAUAAACGAAUCUAUUCAUAUGAUAUUUAAAAAUGAUGGACAAUGCCUUCGUAAUGAGAUUCAUAAAAUCUGGAAGUGACAAAACCCAUCUUGAAGAAGUUCGUCGAGAAAUUGAGGGUUUGCGCAGUAUACUACAUGUACAUAUUAGUGUAUGUAUUUUUAAACGACUCUGUGAGAAGGAAAAGGAAUUUGAAGGGACGAAACAAUCUGUAACAAGCGACCAAAAUGAAGAAGUUCUAGAUGGAAAACCUCCAGGAAAUGGUACAUCUACUGUUACGGACCAAACUCCAAGAGAUGAUUCCAAAAAAAGACGUCGCAGUCAAGAUUGGACUGAACCUUCCUAUCCUCCUGUAACUCCAAGCAAGCGGGAGAAAGUUUACGACUCAAGAACCGGCAUUGAGGGGAACACAAAAUGAAGGUAAACAAAUACCAGUCAUCUAGGGAGCGUCGCCUUUAUUUGACUUUGGUCAUCUGUGGCAAGUUCACACUGAAUAAAUGCUCCAUAUUAAUUAUAUAUAGGAAGCUUUUAUGGUAUAGUUUAUUACACAGUUAUGCUUAGAUUUAUUGUUCACGAUGCUGUAAACAAGUGUGAUUGAUUAGAUGAUUCUCCAUAUUUCAUCACAUUAUUGGAAUGAUAUUUAGUAUUGCUUAAUAAUAUAGAAUAAUCUAUUAGAUGACUCGUUUA